GGGAAUCUGUAUCCUUUUAGGAACAGAAUUAAGAAGAGCUAGACAGUGCAUUCAAAACUUCGAUCAAUUUAUGGAUGUAAGAAUUUCUUUUUACCAUCUUAGGAAUCAUCCGAUAGAGUUAAUGGCUUCAUUGACUCCAUUUACGAGUAAAUUUGUUUAAAGGCAGCACCUGAAUAGAAGAAGGACCAAAGAACAAGUACAGAACUUGUAAAAUUACCAGAUCCUCCUCAAGUAAAAAUAGAUGUGAUCAUCAAAAUCACUCCUGAUGAGACCAAAUCAUUUAGGUAAAAAAGAAGUUUUUAAUAAAUAUAUUUAUAGAUGUUUGUAAUAAUAGAAGGUGGAAGUAGUAGUACAAGAAGAGCAGGAGGUAUUUGA